AUGACUUUCGAUCAAAAUAUUUUCAAGAGGUUAACAUUUUUCAGGAUCACAUCUACAUCUGAGAGACAGAUCACACCUACAUCUGAGAGACAGAUCACACCUACAUAUGAGAGACAGAUCACACCUACAUCUGAGAGACAGAUCACAUCUACAUCUGAGAGACAGAUCACAUCUACAUCUGAGAGACAGAUCACAUCUACAUCUGAGAGACAGAUCACACCUACAUCUGAGAGACAGAUCACACCUACAUCUGAGAGACAGAUCACAUCUACAUCUGAGAGACAGAUCACACCUACAUCUGAGAGACAGAUCACACCUACAUCUGAGAGACAGAUCACACCUACAUCUGAGAGACAGAUCACAUCUACAUCUGAGAGACAGAUCACACCUUCAUCUGAGAGACAGAUCACACCUACAUCUGAGAGACAGAUCACACCUACAUCUGAGAGACAAGAACCUACACCUGACAGACCAAGUCUACAUCUGAAAGACUAA